GAGAGAGGAGGCAGGGCAGCUGGGGGCUCGGCCUCGCGCGGAGGGGAGACGCGUUUGGGCAGGGAGGCCCAUGAAGCCUUAGAAACAAAAGCAGAGACUCGAAGAAGACGCAGGAGAGCCGCCCAGAGCCCCUCGUGGUAUCUGUGGAAAUGAAACACAUCAUCUAGUGGAGAGAAAGAAACCUCAUACUUGAGCCACGAGAGACGGCGUGCGCAUGUUAGGAAGGAAGUAAUGAACCCUAACUGCUCGGGAGAGGAAAUGAACAAUGACCUGGAGACUAUGGAGACGUCGGCAGUGGCAGUAACAGCACCUGAGACAGUUUUUCAGAAAUUAUCAGUGACUUCAGAUUCUGAUUUCCAAAGAGCAAUUUCAGUACUGCAUAGUUCUUACUUGGACUCUUCAUCUGAGAAUGGUUUUCAUUACAGUGAAGUGACUUUGGUGAAAAAUGACUUUUUCUUAAAGGAGUAUAAAACUUUUUAUCAACAAAAGAAAGCAAGUGACUACACUACAGAGGAACUUCGUGAAACUUGUGGUUUUCUUCUGUUUGACAACGAAAAUCAGGCUAAACUAGUGUGUCAACUUGGACUGUGGGUAGGCAGCAGUAGUGUCACUACCUUGGGUGAUCCAACAAAAGGUGUAUAUAUUUCUAAAUAUUCAGACUGCCUUUAUCCAAGACCCUGGUAUCAUGGAAAAUCUGGCUACAUUGUCAUUUUUAAUCUAAUUAAGGGAAAAGUCAAGGCUGUACCUGAGAAUUAUACAACUAACUAUACCGGUCCAUCUUUUGGCUAUGAUUGCCAUGUGGCUGCAAAUAUCAACAAACUUUCUCUCAAGACAAGCCGCUUUCGAGCCUUUAAGCUGAGUCAGUAUUACCUCUAUGAAUUUUUAGGCAACAGUGUUGUUCAACGACCCAGGCAAAUUCUUCCUCACGUAAUUGUAGCUUUUCAGUACAGUGAACCUAACAGGAUGUCAACUUUUACUCAUAAAAAUAUGAUUGACUUUGAUGAUGAAGUUCUCAUCUCCCCCUGGAGAGGGCAGUUAAUUAUUCAGGGACAACUGAUAUGUGAUUUAACACUCUGGUCUCCUUACGGUGCAGUGAUUCCAGCCCAGUUACCCCGGCAACUAGAUGCUAAAUAUGUUAUGGAAGUAUCUACCUUGAAGAAGAAGCUACCAGAAUCUGCUUUUAGAAAAAGCAGUUAUUUAGAAAAAAAAGACUGUCACCAGGGUUUAUACUUCAGCAUGUGCGAAGUGGAAAUAUCGAACAAACAAGGGAAGAAAUUAGAUCAACUAACAGAAUACAUAAAAACUAAAGAAUUGGCAAUUAUCAAAUGUUUAGAAGAUCAAGGGUUUCUUAUUUUGCUUACAUCGUCUGCCUUCCUGUGGGACACAGAUUUUGGUGAUCAACCUGAGAGCCUAUAUGCCUUGUUUUUAUUCCCUUCAUCAUUGUCAACAGGUAGGAAAGAAUCAAAAUGUGAAGAAGACAUUUCUGUGAGAGUUGUACCCAUUUUGCCUACCCUUCAUUAUGCUCUUCUGGAAGCAAAGAAAUUUUUGUCUGAGGAAGAAAUCCAUCCAAAUGUGUUAGUGAAGCAUCAUUUCCAAGAAUUUGCCAAGCUGAACAAAAAUUCUUCAUUGUCUUCCCAAAAUUCAUUUGAAGAACCAGAGUUUUUCCCAUUUGACACACUGUCCAGUGAAUUUAAGUCGGGUCACAGUUCUGAAAAGUGUACUCAGAAGACUUUAACUCGUCUGAAGUCUUACUUUUCAGAUCCUAGUGGUUAUGCUUUGGAAAUAACCACAGCCUUGGAUUUGCUAGCAGGGCAUUCUCCAUCACCUUUUUCUAUUUCUGAUGGAGUCUGUGAUGUUGACUUCUCUCUCUUUAUGCCUCCGGACCCUGAAUUUGUUGACUCAGAGGCUCAAAUGAAAAAUGAAACUGAAAAAAAUAAAUACUCUGAGGGGACAGGUAAGGCUAAUGAGAAUACUCUACAGUUGUGUCCAACGUCAAAUCUGAGAAUCCAGCCGAAAAGAAAAGCAAGUAUGUCCGUUGUGAUGCAGAAUAAAAAGGUGAACUUAUGCCGCCCUUUCUCCAAAAAAACAGGACCUGUAACUACCAUUGAAACCACGGUUAAGCUAGCAAAAGGUCAGUUUCCUCAGAAAAGAAAAAGAGGCGCUGAAGUGCUGACAGCACAGUUUAUACAGACAACAAAAUUGGAUCAGAAAAACCAAGAGACUUCUGUUUCUGAAAGUGUGCCAGUGGUAACUAAUGCUAAAAAGGUAAAAAAACCAGAGACAUCUCCAAUCAAAACUGUGCCAAGGGUUAACCAAGCCAUGAAAAAACCUCCACAGAAACAGAGAGUCAAUAUAGUAAAAAGCAACCAAAAUCCAAGAAUGAGAAAGCAACUACAACCUGCCAAAAGAGAGAUUCCUUCCCAGCCACCAAUUAAAAUUCUGUCAAAUGACCAAGGAAAUGACCAUAGUGAGAAUACAGUUCGACCUGGAAGCACUGCUGUUGUUCAGUCAGGUCUUCAAGAAAGCUGCAUUGGUCACUUUGACUCCCGAGCCCUAAACAUGUUGGCUGACCUAGCUCUAAGCUCUGCUACCUCUGCCACCUCAUCGUCUGUUCACAGAGACCUGUCUUCCUCCUCUGACGUGACACAAAACAAUAUUUUGUUCUGUAAAGAAAAUCCUUUGCAUGGUACUUAUGAUCAUGAAUAUCACAGGCUGGCUAAAAACCAAAGAUGUGCAUUGUAUUCUCUUGAACUAUCCAAGCCAUCUUAUGAACAAACUGAUUCAAGGACAAAUUUGCCUGACAGCCAGAGUGAAAAGAGCUUGACUCAGUAUAGUCAAAUAUCUGUGGCCCAGGAAGCACUUCCUAAAGAGACACUAGAAUCUUCAGAUGAAAGCAAUAGCAAUAGCUCUUUUAUUGCCAUAGAACAUUCUUAUGCCUUACUUACCGCUGAACAUUCAAAGAAACAUCUUCAGCAGCGUGGAACACAAGGUCCUACCUUUGCAAAGAAUGGUACAAAAGGCCCUGAGGCAGGGACUCCCGUGGGCAAAGUGAUGCCAUUUCGGCAUCAGCAUAACACUCCACCUGUUCAAAAGCUUUUGCUGGAUCCAGUCAUAAAACUUAAGAGUCGAUUGUUACCUUCCAACUUAAAAGAAGAUUUUUGUCAUUCUCACACAGUAUUUAGCUGUGAUGGCUCCUUUAAGGUUACUUGUAAGUGUGAAACAGAAUAUGUCUUCAGCUUAGAUAGUAAAUAUACUAAUAACCCACUGGAGAAAACUGUAAUACGAGCUUUACAUGGACCCUGGAAUGCUGAUGUACCAGAUAAUGUAGAAGAAGUGAAGCUUAUUCUUCAUAUGUGGGUAGCUUUGUUUUACAGCAAUCAAAAUAAAGUCAUGCCCUCAGCUCGAAAAGUAGUAGAGCAUAGCAAUCCAGCAAAAUAUGUUUCUAUAAAUAGUACUUUGGAUCCCUUGGAUUUCAGUGAAGUCAGUGAAGAAUGUCUGGGUGUGAAACGACAUUCUAUAGAUUCUCCAUUGGAGUCCAGUUGGACUUCAAGUAGUUCUACUACCACUGGAAUAUUAUUAGCCUGCACCAACAUAAAGCCAUCCACAAGUGGCUUGGAAGAAAGAGCUACUUUAGCAGGAGAGGACCAUCAGGAUGCCCCAGUAUUCCAGAGUACUAUCUGUUCUUCUAAUAAUGAGGUAAUUAGAAAAAGAGUGGAACAGGAAUUACCAAGUAAUAAAGAGACACCUAAUAUUGUGCUUUCCAGUAAUGCAAGUACCCAAACUAGAGAACCUUCUGUUGCUGAUGAAAAUGAAAACACACAGAAAGUUGUCAACUCAAGGGCACUAUCUCAAAAUGGAAUCAACGAUCAGACAAUGAUCUGUGGAACUUCUGUGAACAGAGCUUUAGAAGACAGAGGUGACUCUGUCUAUGAAGCACUGGGCUCAAAAGCCAAUACUUUACAGAACAUUACAGAGCGUAGCAGCUCCAGAAACAAAAUGACAGAGAGUCAGGAAUCAUUAGAAAACAAAGAUGGUGAUUUGGAAUAUGUAAUGAUCAAUUUGGAACCAAUUACUUUCACUUUUGAGAAAAAUGCCUGUCUACCUAUAGAAACAGGAUUUGCAAAUGGAGCUGAUAAAAUACCAGACUCUGAUAGAGAAUCAAUUAAAAAAGUAUCACCUGUUGAAAGUCUUAGACAACAAAUCCCUUUCCGCGAAAUAGCCCAAGUGCAAGGUGCUUCGUCUGCAAAUCAGGAUCUCCAAGACAUUCCAUCUGUGGCAGCAUCUGUAUCAACAGGAACUAAAUACCUCUGUACCUCUUCUGUCACUGGAGAGACUCUUGGUAAGGAAACUGGCUCACUUCAGAAGGAAGUUCCCAUUCCACUGUCAACAUCACCAUCAAGUACAGUGUUAAUUGAGGCAGUCUCAUCAGUUGUAAGUUCUGGUGAUCAGGCAACCUCUGAUGAAAUAAAACUACCUCAGGACACAUUUCUGCAGACUCCAGGACUCUAUAGCAUAUCUUCUGAAGAGGUUAUAGAAUCAUCCCAGGUUGAAGAAAUAGUUUUAACACCUACUUUUGCCCCCUUGAAAAGCAAGCAGACUGCUUCAGCUGGUUAUAUUCCAUCAAGAGCUUCUAAAUUAAACUAUUCUUUAAAAAAGGAGACAAAUGAGAGAGACUUGAACAGUGAAAGAAUGAAUUUUGAAUCUGUUAACUUAGCAUUUACCAAAGAAACUUGCAUAUCUUUGGGCAGAGAGGCAGUCAGCAUAGAGUUAUCAGAUGAUUCCGAUAUUGAACUAGCACUAACAAUAUCACCACCUACAAGUCCUCGAGACCAAGCACAAUGUGAUGAAAUUAUGCAGAUUCAGGCUGUUCCAUUAGAGAAUGUAGAACUUCAAGUUGUAGCUGAAGAAAUAAUUGAGCCAGUAAAUGCAACUUUCCCCAAGAACAGAGAAACUAAUUCUUCUGAUUAUUCCUCACUUCAUACUGCAGUGUUGCAGAAACCAUUAGAAAAUAAAGAAUGUAAAAGAGAUGCUGUGGACCCAGUAACUUUAGUACUUGCUAAGGAAUCAUGUGCACUUGAGAUUGGACAGGAAGUUAAUAUUAUCUCUAACUCACCCUUUGAUGGUGCCUUAAUUGAGCCAGUGUCACCAGCUUCAAUUCCUGAUGAUCAAAUGCCAUCUAAAGAAACACCACUGUCUCAGGAUAUGCCCCUUCAGAUGUUAGAACUCCACAGUACAAUAUCUAAGGAAGUUAGUAAAGCCACCCAGAUUCAGUCAAUCGAUUUAUCUUCAGGAGAAGAAGAUAGUGCGUCUUUUAGUCAUGUUUUACCAGGAAGAAAAUAUACUACAACACAGGAGAAACCAAAAAAGCUUUCUGCUGAAAUGGCUUUGCCCUUCAUUGAUUAUACAACAGAACAAAAAGAAAGUCACUUACUCCUUCAUAGAAGAGCAGCUGAAGACCCUGUGGUUCAAAAUAAGUAUAAUGAUGCUAGAUUUUUCCCAGGAAAUUUUCAGUGUUGUGACACAGCAUUAAACCAGACCACUUCAGUUGCUACGUGUGAGGACUACAAGACCUCUUUUCAAGAAUUGGAAAGAUCAGAGAAUCCUUUGCAACAAACUAGUGAGGAAAACAAGAGUUUGGACUUAACACAUACUGUUUCGGACACCCAUAAAGCUCCACUUUGUCUUAGAAAGUUGAUAGAAAAUGGAUCUGUAGCUGAGAAAAUCCAUUCUUCAGCUGAAUCAGAUCUGACAAGCAAUUCACUGGACCACAAGAAUAGCCCUUUGAACAGUAGGAAGGAUUUACAUGGGCAAAGUGAAUGUGAUUAUUUACAUAAUAAAUCUCUGAAUUCAACUUCAGUUGAUCGAUCUGAUUUUAUACAGAUGUAUACACCCUCAAAGAACCCAAAUAUUUGUAUUUCCAUGGAUGAUGCUUCACAUAAAAGUAGUUCAGGACAACUAAAUGAAGAGAGGUUUCAAGAGCCUGGAAUUUCAGUGGUUAAUAUUCUCAAUAAUGAUGAAAUUAUUUCCACUUUGCAUGAAGAGUCCAUCGAUUUAAAAGGAACUAGCCUUGGGUCAAGCCUCACAAAAGGGGAAGGAAAAACACAGGCUCAUCAAGAAGUUUCAGUAUGUGAAACAAAAGAUCAGUCAAGUGGCAUUUUUGCCACCAAAGAAUCUAACCUGGUGUGCAGUGGUACAUGCCAGAAUGUGGCAAACAUAGCCAAAAACACAGGGGAAGAACAUUCUGCCUUAGCCAUUCAAAAACCUUCUUGGGAAGCCUCUAGAGAGCUUAUAGAACAUGAGAGUGCCGUAGAAGGGAUUGAAACUGAGAAAGAUAUGAAAUCCCCUGAGAGAAAUAUGGACAUGAAUUUGAACACUGAAAUUUAUUAUGAAUCUCUUUCUGGAGAAUCUGACCAAGAAUGUUUUGGGGAUGUUAAACACUCCCAAUUGCAGUUAGAAGAUUCUUGUCCCUUGAGAACCAGUCAUCCCAACAAAGUAGAAGAAGCUACCAUAACUAAUUAUGAUACUCUGAUGACUAGUAGGAUUAUCACAACAAGUAGUGACAUUGAGAGCUGGAAUUAUUCUCAUAAAAGUCCAGUAGCAGAUGAAGGUACCCAGCAAAGAAGCUGUUCAGCUGGAUUAAAGAAAGGAGAUAAGUAUGUGCCCUUUUACAUUAAAAUCCGAGAUCUUAAUGGCACCCCCAGGACUUAUACUAAUUUUACUGUAACUAAGAAGCUCAAAGACACCACUAGGACUUUACAUAACCUGAAGCAGCAUCCCUGUGUUACAGAUCGGUGUGGCUUGAUCAGCUCUUGGACAAGUACCUGGCAGGUGGCUGAUGAUCCUACCCAGAAUACUUUGGAUCUAGAAUAUCUGCGGUUUGCACAUAAGCUAAAACAAACGGUAAAGAAUGGGAAAUCUCAACUUUCUACUACUUCAUCCAGUCCUUUACCAAAGGAAUCACAUAGUCAGACAACUGUUGGAGUCCUUCCCUUGACAAAAGUAACUGAGACUCCAGUUACACAUCCAGCCUCCAGGAGCAGAAGCCCUCUGCUGGUAACAGUUGUGCACUCAGAACCAAGAGAGCAUACCUCAGACUGGCACAAAAAAAGUCAAAAAUAUAGCGACUUUAAUAAUCUUUCCUCUUCCAGGCAAGACAAGGGUAGCCAGAGCAGAACUAUUCCAAAUGCUGAGAGAGAUCCAACCACUUCCUUCCACCUCAAUAAGUUGAAAUAUGAUAGUAAGCUGAAAGAAUCUCGGAACGACAUUUCACUCAUUCUUAGUGAAUAUGCCGAAUUCAAUAAGGUGAUGCUUAAUAAUAGCCAAAGGAGCUACCAAGCUAAGGAUCUGAGUGUUACCUCUGAAAAGACUACAUCGCCGAAAAUACCAGCUUUCCCAAGGAUGGCUUCCUAUGAACACAUGAUUACAGACUUGUGUUCCAAUUUACACGUCAAACUAAAAAGCAUUAUAAAAGAAGCAUGUAAAAGCACCUUCCUGUUCUACCUGGUAGAAACAGAAGAUAGUUCAUUCUUUAUCAGAACAAGGAAUUUACUGAGGAAAGAAGGCCAUAAAGAAAUGGAACCCCAGCAUUUCUGUCAGGCAUUGCAUAGGGAGACUGACACACUAAUAGUCAUCAUCAAAAAUGAGGACAUAUCAACACAUGUGCAUCAAAUUCCUUCUUUGCUGAGACUGAAGCAGUUCUCCAGUGUCAUGUUUGCUGGAGUUGACAGCCCAGGAGAUGUCCUGGAUGGCACCUAUCAGGAGCUGUUUCGUACAGGAGGCUUUGUGGUAUCUGAUGACAAAGUAUUAGAAGCUGUAACACUAGUUCAGCUAAAGGAAAUUGUCAAAAUCUUGGAAAAACUAAAUGCAAAUGGAAGGUGGAAAUGGUUGCUUCAUUAUAGAGAAAGUAAAAAGCUAAAAGAGGAUGUAAGAGUAGAUUCAGUUGCUCAUGGCAAGAAUUUAAUAUUGAAAUCAUACCAAAGUGCAAAUAUCAUUGAAGUGCUUCAUUAUCACCAGUGUGAUUCCAAGUCAUCGACAAAAUCUGAAUAUUUGAAAUGUCUACUGAACUUACAAGUUCUGCACAUCAAUGCUAGGUUUGCUGUGUAUCUAACAGAUAAACUCAAUACCUCCAGAGAAAUAUUUGAAAAUAAUGGAAUCCUUGUUACUGAUAUAAAUAACUUUGCUGGAAUUGUACAAAAAGCAGCUCCAUUUAAAGCAACCUAUUGGUGA